AUGGAUGCCCAGGCAGUAUGCGUGCACCCGUUAGCGCUUCUGAGAGUAUCGGAAACCUACACACGGUCCCUUGAGCGGCUCUGUGCCGGGGCCCGGGGAGCCUCUAGUGGCACCCAGGCUACUGGGCGUGUGGUGACACAGGGGCUUGUCUUUGGAACGAGGCCGGACUGGCCUGCGGAGACGGCCGUGCUGCAUCUUCAGUGUGCCGCUGCAGUUUCAAGGUCUUGUUGUUGGCGCAUUAUGGCUGUAGCGGAGUGUGUACCUUUCACGCCACACCAUAUUGAACGCGUCUAUCAGGCGGCGCGUCUGAUGUAUCGGGAAAUGACGCUUCUCGGAUGGUACGCAGCUGGAAGCGCGAGUGCAAAAGACGAAUCGACAGCAUUAGACGCUAGUCAACUAAGCGUCGACGCCGCGAUCAUGCAUGAGUUUGUAGAAGAGGCAAUCUGGUUGGAUGUCAAGUUUGCGACGUUGACUCGGGAAGAAGACGGAGUUGUUGCUACUGCUGGUGCUGCGGCAUCAGCGGAUCCUAAUGUGCGAGUCUGGCUGAUAGCUCCACGUUCAGAAAACGACGGCAAGGAGGUAGCGGCGGGGGCAGCGGAGGUUGCUUGGGUGCCGCGGACACACACCAUUAAGCAGUGGGAGGAGUUUCUCGGCAGCUUACACAUCAGACAGCUUUCUCUGCUCGUCGAGGAAUCCGAAGCCGAGCGAUACGUCAUUCAAACGCUUUUUUGGGGCUCGUCGUCAUCACAUUCGAAUGCUGGUCGUAUUCACGCGGGGACUGAAAGCGACGAUAAAGAAUCAUUGGGCGCAGAUGUUUCCGCACCUGGGCACGACCAACCGUCGAGGACUCGGGACGCUACCGACACAUGCGCGACAGCCGCACGCGUUUUUUCUGAACGCAUCAUUCCGACUGCGCUGCGCACCGAAAGCUGCCCGAACGUCCAGGGUGUCAAACAUGCACAGGCAGUCAGUACAGCUGAUUCGACGGAGGAUUGCGUUAGCGAGCCAGCCUCGGAUUCUUGGAGCCAAAGCGAGGUCCUCAGCAUGGCGCUGUCGCUAGCGUUGCGCAGCGUACAGGACUCGGUGAGCUGCAGCCGCCUCUACGCAGAGCUCUGCGCUCUCGAGCAGUCUGUCUGUGCGCUCGAAGAGUGUGUGCGCGGCGCUCGAUCCUUUGUGCAGGAGCUGCAGAGCCAUCAAACCUCGGCGCAAACGAAUGUUAGUCUAUCCGAACAAGAUGCUCAGCGAUGGUCACGCCUGCGACGCAUCCUGGUCGCCUUGCCGCCCUAUGAGGCAUCAGCUGUAGCAGCCGAUCGUCGAACAGCAUCCCAGCCGAUACUCGACGGCUUGCACCGAAGCCUAGCCAUAGAGGCACUCUGCAGCGAGGUCGCUGGUUUAGGAGCCCUGUAUGACCGCUGGCAGCAGCUGCAGCAGGAGCAGCGACCGCCGACCACGGCAAAAACCGGGAAUCGUACACCAACCUGA